GCCCCUCAAAUCGGAACUCGGAAGCCCACCACCAACGCAACUCUUUUCGCAUCAUCGGAUCAUCCCCUCUCCUCUCCUCUCCCCUCUCCUCUUCGGGCUCCGCUUCUCGCCACCGACCACGGCUGCCUCCGUCACGCCACAUCUCCUCCCCGGCGAGGCGACCGCCAUGCUGCUGCCGACGAUGACCCACUCCUCCGCCUUCCUCCUCCCCGCCUCCCAGCCCCCCUCCACCGACGCCGCCACGGCCUACGCGCUCGUCGUCCUCAACCAGCGCCUCCCCCGCUUCGCUCCGCUCCUCUGGGCCCGCGCGCGGCUGCGGGUGUGCGCGGACGGUGGCGCCAACCGCGUGUUCGACGGCAUGCCGGAGCUGCUCCCCGGCGAGGACCCGGCCGAGGUCCGCACCAGGUACAAGCCAGAUGUAAUUAAAGGGGAUAUGGACUCAAUAAGGCCAGAAGUGAAGGAAUAUUAUUGCAAUUUGGGUGCAAAAAUAGUUGAUGAAUCACAUGAUCAGGACACAACCGACUUGCACAAAUGCAUAUCGUUUAUCACAAGAGAUUUCCCUGUCCCAGACAAGUCGAAUCUGUGUAUUCUUGUUCUUGGCGCACUUGGUGGUAGGUUCGAUCAUGAGAUGGGGAACAUCAAUGUAUUGUACCGCUUCUCAAACACCAAGAUUGUCCUCCUGUCAGAUGACUGUUCAAUCUUUCUGCUCCCGAAGACACACACUCACUCGAUCCAUAUCGAGCGAUCUGUCGAGGGUCCUCAUUGUGGCUUGAUUCCCAUUGGCGCACCGUCGACUAGCACCACAACCACCGGGCUUCGGUGGAAUUUGGAAAAUACCAGUAUGAGCUAUGGCGGAUUGAUAAGCACAUCUAACCUCGUAGAGGACGAUAAAAUAACGGUGACUUCAGAUUCUGAUCUGAUUUGGACAAUAUCGCUACGAAACUGAGCUGAAGUUGCCCAUAAUUUACCAUGGGUCCAUGCCCAAAUUUUGCCUCCUUAAUGUUCAAUAUUUUAGGUUCUACAUUUUUGUACCGUGGUGUGGUGGCGUCUUCCACUGCAUUUUGUUACCGGAUAGCUGUCCAUAUAUGUAAGCUUAUUUAUGUUGUCAGAAUAUAGGAUUUCUCUACGAUUCUUUUUUCAACUGUUUUGGCUUCUGAUC